GGGGAAAUCGCUCGGUUAAGCACACGGGUGAUUUGUUGCGGCUUUGCCAUGCUUUUCGCAGUGUGGCAGCUCUUCGGUGAACCGGUGCGGCCUGCGGAAAUGACGAGCUGGCUGCAUCCCGUCUUGCCGUGUGCGGCGCGUUAUUCUUGGGCCGACUCCAUGGGAGAAUUAUCAACAUUUACGGGGUAUGCCCUUAUCGGAGCGUCCGAGGCCGCCGUCGCAUCCUCGUCCCCACCCCGUGUCGUGUGUCUCUUUUCGCUUUCUGCUUCUUUUGGUACGAAGGUACGGAGACUUGGUCUCUUGGCUCUUGGUAAUCUGGGACUCGAGGCAUGGAGGUCUUGGUAACAAAAAAGAGGAAGGGUGGAAGGCUUGUCGUUUUCGUGCCCCUUUCCUGUCAAUCGGGCACCAUGCAUCUCCCAUGUCCUGUCAAUCGUCCUAUCUCUUUGGUCGCCUGAAAGUGUACGUCCAGUGCGACGGGUGCUUUGCCCGUGACAUCAGGUACGGGAGUACUUGGCGGCUUGUUUCCAGGACAGGUCAGUUUUGGGCUCUUGUCCCGUCCGGUCACCCCAAGACCCCCAAGGACCCCAAGCAAUCCAAGGCCCAAAAAUACUCGGCUCACCUGCUUGGCUGGAAACAGCGCUCCCUCAUCUGAGACGGUCGCAGGCCUCUUUUUCAGACGACACAGAGUGUUGUAUCCCGCAGUCAGAAAUACCUAACACAUUGCCAUUGCCAUGGGGAAUCUCCAACGAGCCGCAUCGAUGAUGGGUGCCGCCGUUAUUUCCCACGAGCGUGGCAACCGGUCGCACACCAAAGAAGGCCAACUUU